UUACGUGAAAGACGCGCGCGAAUGGCACGUCAGAAUCUACGCUUUUGGCAUUGCACCCUGUAAAAGACGUGUUCAUUGUCAGACCCUGAAUCAAUUAUCUUCCUUUUGAAUCAAGAAUAGGAGGGAUGAAGAGAAACCGAUUUGUUUCCUGACCAAAAUCCAAUACUCACGUUACGAGAGAGGGCUGCUGUAGACUCGAUGUAACACUUUAUGCGAGGCUCUCUGCCUCUCAUGGAAAGACUACCGUAGAUCAGAAGGGCUUGGGUACUAGCGCGGUGUUUUUCAAAAAGUAAGUAUGGCGGCCAAAGUCAAGAGAGCUUUGAAAACAAACGUGUUUUGGUCAAAGGAUUCUGAUGACCAAGAUGAAAGAAUUGUGAAAGUACAUGUCCCAGGUGUAGCACCUGAAGCAUGCCUAAACAUCAAGAACCCAAUGGUGAGAAAGCCAGUACACAUGUUAAAACAGAGAGGCAUAACUCUUCAAAAAUCUUUCCAUGAUUGUCUGGACAAGAGGGAGCAAGAGAUGCCAAGGAAUGGACUGAGUGCAAAAUCUGUCUCACACUCAUUUGAUCAUUUUGGUGAGGGUUACUUUGAACAAAAGGGAAAAGAGAAACAAGAGUUGAGUUUAAAAGAGCUGAAUCCACAAGACAAGAAACGUGUGGCUAACUUAGUCAAAGAACUUGCAAAGGUUGGAGAGGAACGACAACUUGCUGAGGAGAAGAUUGAAGAAGAGAGACUGGCAUUUGAAGAACGGCUUGCCAUCUUGCAAGAGGAGUAUGAUGCAGUGAUCAAAGAGAAAGCUUAUUUGCAAAACAGGUUCCUGGAAUUGCAAGCACUUUUGGUAAAGUUUCAGGCAAAUGGAAGGACAUCUUCACCAAGAAAAACAGCUAAAACUCCAACAACAGAAGACAAGGAGCAGGUAUCUAUUUGUACUGUGUUAUCAUCUCUUUCUCCAAACAAGCCUCCACACUUCUCUCCAUCCAAACAACCUAUAACAGAAAUUCCAGGUAAUACAAGGCCAGACACUAGUAAUGGUAAACAUACAGAAGAGAAACUUAAGGCCAACAGUUUCCAAGCAAGCUUCUCACAGCAAGUGAUGAAUAAGACAACACCUCCAAACAAGAGGUGCAGGGACCAAAAAUCACAGAUAACAGCCCAUCAGAACAGUGUUACUGAAGGUCAUAUGAGGGUGUUGAGCCCUGGACAACCAGCCUUACCUUCCACUGUACAGUCCAGGAGUGAGUGUCACCCUGUUGCUGCAUCCAGCAAAGUUCAGUCAACAGAAAUUCAGCUCAGCUCCUCACAAAAGGAGGGACCCUCUUAUAAGUCAGCAGAACCGAGUGGAACAAGUUUAAGCAUGGCUACUCAACCCCAACCCUCCUCUGCUGAUUCCUCACAGUCAGCAACAAGAGUUGCACCUGGUAUGAUGUCUCAGCAUCCACUGCCAGUAAAACCUUUGUUUUCUAUGUUUAGUGAUGGAGAUCCUGGAUUGACAACUGAUCGGAAAGUACCUCCAAGAAAAAAUGAAGAUAGGUCAUUCUCCGAAGUGUCGGGAGUUUCCGGGAGCUUCUCGGCUGAGUUAGAUGCAGUGUACCGCUUGUAUUGCCGUGAAUAUGAACUGCAACUACACCUUCAACAACAGCAGAUUGAACUACAGAAACAACAGUUACAGCUACAACAACAACUUCAGCAAGUUGAGAAUUUACAACAACAACAUCAGCAGCAGCAGCAGAGACAACAGCAGCAACAACAACAGCAAAAACUACUUUCGUCGAUGGAAAUGGAAACCAAGGUCACUGGGCAUGAAAAACCAGCCACGUCUACCGUGGACGAGACGCCCGCUCGACCACUCGUACCCAGACCUGCUUCUCAGCCUCGUCAAGUGUCACCCGCCCAAUCCCUUAUUCCUACUCCCGAAGUAAGUUCCUCCUCCAAUCAUGGCAUCCUUCAGGCAAAUCCACGGAAAGCAAAGCAUUCGUCAACUUCAGGAAUCCUUUUACCGGGUGAAGAAGGUUUGGCAACAGCUGAAGUAUACAAUGGGAACGCGAAAGACAGGUUGGGAUUUGAAAAAGAAAACAUAGAAGCUCUCGCACCAGACCCUCAUUACCGGGUGCAGUCCGCUCCUCCAACUCUCAGUCAGCCAAGGUUCAGUUUUGAACGUGAGCGCGGGCCCCAGCCACCCGCUGACCGUACUUAUCGCAGGGCUAUAGUCCCUGACGAUAGGCUACCAACUCCUCAAGAACAUGUUGAUGAAAGAGCAAAGGCAAACUAUCCUGACAGCCGUCUUUCGGGUUCUAGGUACUCGCUACAUAGCCGUAGUCAUGAUGUUUCUGCUAACGGAAAGAUUGCGGCCUUGAGAGAAAUACAGAACACAGAAAAAGAUAUGGUCAGCGGAAGAGACAGCAAUAGUUCAUUUUACCCGAGAUCUAAUUUCGACUUCAAUUCUGAACAAGGCAGCUUAACAGUUGAUAGUCUUAGAGCAGACAGUUUUCUCGGCGGAAGAAGGCAAAAUAAGGGUGAAUCGUCUUACCAUGGACCUCCACUGUCACAUUCUCAUACCCAAGGAUCAUUUAAGAGACAAGCAGUAGCCAGCGAUCAACGGUUUUCACUGUACAGUGACGUUGAGCGUAGCUCACAGUCACGUGGCUCUCAUACAUUCCCUGAUGAUGAUGACAGACCAGGAAGAUUGGACCCAAGUUUAGAAAGUGGGGUACGUGAAAAUCCAUACCCGCUAUCUCUCGUGGAUAUAGUUGAGAACUUAGAAAGUAAAUCUUUGGGACUCGAGGUUCCGGCAGCUGUUAGAGGACUGGACACUACGGACUCCGGGUAUUCACAAGAAACUAAUAAGGAGAGAAGUCCGCGGAUUGGUGACAUUGUAAACUCAGAUGAAGAGGAAGCGGCUGUUCUUGAGGAUAUUUUCUUUAUCUCGGGAAGAUUUUUAUGAUCCAUGUAUGAUGAUAUUAAAUGUUAUUUUUCAUAGUGCAAUUGUUUUUUUUUUAUUUUUGGUAAAACAAGCCCACUUAUUUAUGCAAUACUCGGGUUUACCAGCAGACAUAAUUUUAGAUUGAAAAAUAGUAGAGAAUGGCCAAUAUCAUGUAACAUUUUUUUGAACAAAUAAGAUGAUUUAAAUAAGAUUAGACUAAAGAAAGUAAAUAGUUAAAAAGUAUUAGGAAUACGAAAUAUUAAAAUAAUGUCAAUGUAUUGAAACUAAAUGUUAUUUAAAAAUUAACGUGUGGUGUGGCUAGUGCAUAAAAUACUGACCGCGGAAAACUUGAGAAAAUGUCUUGAACAGCUGUUACAAGCUUCAGAAUAUAUUAAUAUGUGCGUUGUGAAGAUGGUUUCUGUUUCAAACUGUCGAUUAACCAUUUAAAAGAUCAGUUGGAUUUUGUUUGUUUGAUUGUUUUUAUGGAAGUAGGAAAUGUAGACGAUUGACAAACCGGUCAGUGUCGGCUCCUUUAGCAUUGCUGUCAGCAACAAGUUAUAUGUUUUGGUCUUAUCAAAUUAUUUGAUAUUGUAAGUGGCCACCGUAAAGAAUUACUACUGAAAUGACGGCUCGAGCGUUAGCCCCUUGUUUAAGUGAAUUGAUUGGGGUUAGGCUCUGACGAAGGGCUGACGCUUGAAUCGUCAGCCUCGGGAAUUCAUUACUAUACCAUGCACCACGUGACGAGUCUUAACGGCGGCAAAAUGUAAACCCUUGACACCCAAAGAUCAGUAAGUUUAUUAUUCUCUCUACUGUUCUUUAUGCAUUACAUAUGGAGAAUGAAUUUGACAAUCCAGAGAUUCUUUAUUUGGUGAUCAUUACCUUUAUUCUCUUGUUUAAUUCAGUGGUGAUACCGUGAGGAGAAUUUAGAUGCUGGUCAUUGUCGGGGGUCAGAGGGUUAACAGAUUAGAGAGAUUAAGCACCAUGUAUUUUUUCCCGCGAACGGCAGAGAUGGUGACGUGACUUGACAUUUCCCGCGUUUGCCCUUUGCCGGCCGCCGUUUCUACUCGAGGACAUUAAUUUU